AUGUCUGGCUCAAGCGUCAGGGUGUAUCUGGAUAUCAGCAUUGGCAGCCAACCCUGUGGCCGCCUUGUUUUCCGCCUUUUCACGGAUAUAACGCCGAAGGCAGCAGAAAAUUUCAGGGGCCUUGCCACCGGCGAGUAUGGUAUCAGCAAGGCUUCGGGGAAGCCUCUCAGCUACGCAGGCUGCCGCUUCUUUCGAUCUGUUCCCGGCCUUUUGCUGCAAAGCGGCGACUUUGUGCAUAAUGAUGGAUCCGGAGGUGAAAGCAUUUGGGGUGGAUGCUUUAACGAUGAAAAUUUUGCGAGGAGACACGCGCAAGCAGGGUGCCUCAGCAUGGCGAACAACGGGCGAAACACAAAUGCUUCACAGUUCUUUAUUACGCUGAAAAAGGCCCCACAGUUUGAUGGACGCCAUGAAGUCAUCGGACAGUUAGUGGAGGGGAUCGAGGUUCUUAGGGCAAUGCAGCUGGUUCCGCUGCAUUCUGCCUCACAAACGCCACGAGUUGAUAUCAUCAUCACAGGAUGCGGGCAGUUGGCCUCUCCGGCGGCUCUGAGGAACGCCUCCAUGGCGGGAGUUCGCUCUCAGUUGGAGCUGAUGAUGCAUCGCUACGAGAAAGAUCUGCUGAAGCAGGCGGAAGAUUCCAGCAAACUUAAAGGAAGCGAUGAGGAGUCUGUAAGCAGCAGCUCUGACAGCGAAGCAGAAGCCCCUUCGAAGAGAGACAAAAAAAGGCGACUAGAACGGAAGAGGGCACGUUUCCUGGAGAGCAGUACAUACACUGCGCAGCAGGCCAUGGAGGGGCUUCUGGCUGGUGGUACCCUUAAGGAGCGUCUACAGCCGGCAGCAGCAGGAGCAGCAGGAGCAGCAGCAGGAGGAGACGCCCCUGUGGCGGUUUAUGGAGCAGAAAGCAGUAGCAGCGAAGACGAGGGCACGCAGGACCAAGCAGUGGCAGAAGCUGCAGCAGUCGAUCCCCUUGGGAAGCUACUGAUGGAAUUCGACGAAGACUCAGACGGACAGUCGGAUGGAGAAAGCGCAUCCGAAACUGCUGCAGGGGGCAGCAGGGCCAGUAGUAGCGGCAGUGGCAAGGCUGCAGUGCGCGCUGCGCUGUUAGCAAGGAAGCAGAAGUUGUUAGCACUAAGGCUUCAGUUGAAUCAGGGGAGGGCUCUCAACACCAAAGAAGUUAUUGAAGAAAAGAGGCAGUGGGAGACUCCUGCAGCGGCAGCAGCGGCAGCCGCUGCGAAUGCCCGCGAUGCAUACAAGCGGCUGCAAGAGGCACCAAUGUAUCAGCUCUACAAGAAAGACGAUGAAGCCUCAGGAGACAGCGGAGGAGCAGCCGCUGGCAGCUCCCUAGCCAUGGGGUCUAGAACAGCAGCACCAGCAGCGUCCAGUGAAGACGAGGAGGGGCCUCAAAGCGGGCGCAAAGGGAAGGGUCGGAGGCGCAACAUCUUGGAUGAGGCUCUUGCUAUAUCCGAGGAUUCCCAGCGGACGCAGAAGAAAAAGUCGAAGUCUACUUUCGGCUGGAACGUGUUCAACGAAGAUGCACUUUACAGGGCACACAAGAAGAGGCUGGCCGAAGUGCCUCUGCGAGCUGAAGAGUAUCGCCAGCAGAAAGAAGCUCUGGGGGAAUACUUCUUUGAUCCUAACGCUGCUCUCGCUCACCCCGAGCACAAACCUUCAAGCGCAGCGCUGGAGCGCUUGGCUACCUCUGUGACCAACACGCAAAAACGUCGGGGCCUCUUCUCCCGCCGCCGUAUCUUCAACGAGGAUGCUGACGUCAGCUACAUCAAUGAGAGAAACAGAAUAUACAACAACAAACUGGAACGGAGCUUCGAUACAAGGGAAAUCAAACAGAACUUCGAACGAGGCACUGCUCUCUGA